UGGAAGAAAUGAAUGGGGAAAAUACUUCCGGAACACAAACGGCUGCAAAAGUGGAAUUGAAGCCAUGUGACUGGGGAGCUUCCGGUGUAAACACAUCAUAGUUUCCGUCAUCAUGGAGGCUGUUGUUGGUGACGUUGUUGCUCCAGAGGACCUGGAGAAAUUCGGGAAGAAAUACAAGGCAGAGUUGGCGAAGAAGUGUGUUUCUAAAGACACUCAGUUCGAGUAUGCGUGGUGUCUGAUCAGGAGCAAACACCCAGAGGACAUCAAGAAGGGAAUCGUGCUGCUCGAUGAGCUUAUUCAUAAGGGCACCAAGGAUGACCAGCGGGAUUACCUGUUUUACCUUGCUGUUGCAAACUACAAGCUCAAGGAGUAUGAGAGAGGUCUGAAAUAUAUCAGGACUUUACUGAAGAACGAACCAGGAAAUUCUCAAGCUUUAGAACUGGAAAAGCUUAUUGACAAAGCCAUGAAGAAAGAUGGACUUGUUGGGAUGGCAAUUGUUGGUGGAAUUGGUCUUGGUUUGGCUGGAUUGGUGGGUCUGGUUGGUUUAGCUGUGGCUAAGAAAUCUGCAUAAGAGAAUGAGCUGAGACACAAACAUCAGCCUUAAAAAAAAAAAAAAAAGGUAUGGAAUUGAUGCAUAAAGGCCUGCGAUAAUUCAGUCAGUCACGAUGACACUGUCAGUAAACCAAUUAACCGUCUGAUGCCUUAACUGCUUUUCAAGAGUUGCUUCAUAUAAAGCCAGUGCAUUUUAAACUAAAUCAUAACACACACUUAUAGCACAAUGUAACCAGAGCUGCACCUUGUCACAUCGUUGUUAAAGAAAGGAACUAUCACAAUACAUGUUUUUAUUUUUCUGUCAUACAAAGGGGUAAAAGGAUUUAAUGUUGUAGACCUUAAGACUUUAAACAUUUAACUGUUUUAUUAAUUCUUUGUUCUUGCAAGUGUCCCCUCACUGAGUAUGCUGAAAAGUAUCCAUGCAGCAGCACAUGUUCAUUAAACUACAUAUUUAAGGCAUAAGGUAUCAGUUUCUUUUGCAUUUGGAAGCUUAACACCAGAUUGCCAUGCUGCACCUUUGUUUUUAUUUAUAUUUGUGUAAAAGUCUGGUUUGUAAGUUUGUCAAUACCAAACCAAUGGACAUGUAUUUGUCAUGUUGUGUUUGUAUUUAAACAGCAGUUUAGAAAUGCAAUGUUAAAACCAGAACAGAGUAUACAGCAGUGAGAAUAAAGUUAUCCUCGCAGUGAUGCCUAGACCAAAUCUUUUAGCUUAAAGCUUGUCAUGUAUAAGAGUCAAAAAAUGUGUAGCCACAUAUAGUGAACAGUAGACUGUUAUUAAUAAAAUCUUGUGUAUGGCAGGUUUUGUGUUAGAACACUGGGCACAAAGAUUACAGGUGUUUUGAUCUGGCAUACAUAUUGUUUUUGUUCUUGCACUAAAUCCUAAAGACAAGAGUUUAUGUCAUGGCGGAUUCUGUACCAGAUUGUUUUCUUUGUGUGUAUGUCUUUAUAAUAACAGUGAAUAUUGCCAACUUAACACAAGCGCCACAUAAAAUAAAACCCCUUAAUGCUCUA